UCGAUGUCACUUCCUUUCCCCGAGGAUCCUCGAUAGUGGCUUGUCCGGUUGGAGCAGAUAUCCUCGCACCCGAACAGGAAGUGUGGCUAACCUGCCAGAGCUUUGUGGUUUUCAUUGACCACCGUCUACAGAGACCUGCCUCUAAGGGGAUUCCUCGUGUAGAGCGUAAAAUGAUCGCAAGUUGAAAAGGCAGAUGAGGGGGUGGGUGAGAGUGAAAAGGGAGGAAAUGAGCUCCAGGGCUAGUAGAUGUACUUCUUCCCCUUUGCUCUCGCUUGAGGUUUUCCUUUGCUUGUUGAGAUUUUCGAGGAAUCCCACUGUCGGCGUAAGCAUACUCACCCCCUUGGCUGUAGUUUUGGUUAAGGGCUAAGGAUGUCAGAGGACUUGGAGCUCCAGUUUGAGCGGCUAACGCGGGAGUUGGAGGUUGAGAGGCAGAUUGUGGCCAAUCAGCUGGAAAGAUGCAGACUCGGGGCAGAAUCGCCAGGUGCUGGAAGCAGCAGCUCAUCUGAGAAGUCCCCGCCUUGGAGAACUGCCGACGCCCCCUCCCCAGGGGACCCCCAGUCAAGGCUCGCAGACAGCUCCCAGUCGCCAAGCUACCGCAUCAGGAUUGAGUCGGAGCAGUUGUCUCUGUAUUCCCCGGCGCAGUCCUCCCUCCAUGAAAGGUCCACAGGGAACUCACGUAGUUCAACUCAGAUGAAUUCGUACUCGGACAGCGGCUACCAGGAUGCGACCAGCGGCUACCACAGCAACCAGAAUGUGCUCAAAUCUGAGCUGAGGAUGCAGCACUCCUUCCCUGGCAUGGGUACAAGCACCCCUGUAAAGACUGCCAGGGCAGAGGGGCAGGCGUCAGCACAGGUGCCAUCAGUCGGCGGAGCAAUGCCCGGCCGUGCGGUGCGGAGAGUCAGCUCAGUGCCUUCUCGCUCUCACUCACCACCCCACGUCAGCAGCAUGUCGCCCUCCCGCAGCUCCCUGCGUGCCUCAGCUGGCAGCGGCUACGGCUCGGCCAUCGUCACGGAACCCAAACCCCUCUCCUGCAUCUUCUCCACUACCUUGCCCUCCUCUGCCCAACGUAUCGGUACCAGUGGCAGCAACUCACCCCUCUCCACCCAUAAAAACUCACCUGCCACACUGCGACGGGUGGGUUCUAACAACUCCAGACCGGGCAGCACGAGCCGUACCACGUCGCCCUACCAGGCCUCCGUGGGCUCAUCGUCGGGCCGCAUGGGCUCGCCUCUGCCCCUGAUGGAUAACUGUCAGAUGACCAAGCAGCCCAGUCACUCGUCUCCGGUCCGAACGAGUAUGGUGGCCGUACCCCAGCACUACAGCUCCACUCUGCCCCGCGCCGUCAUCCACAACGCCGACCCUUACAGGCCGCAGGGGUAUGAUGUUUACGAGAGGAGGGCGCGGCCUGACAGCCUCGCAGAAGCUCUGGUGGAUGAUGACGUUCAAGGCAUGCGGAACCCAUAUGCCAGUCAGCACAGUCAGUUGGGCCAGGACUUGAGGUCCACCAUAUCCCCAGAGCGUUGUAUUGCACCCAUCUUUGAGGACCGCAUGUUCCAGGCCCCCCUGUACAUCAGCCCAGGCCACACGCAACAGGGCACCAUCUGCAGGAGCGCCUCAGGAUGGAGGGAGUUGGAGCAUGGGAGUGGUCAGAACCGAUGGAGAUCUGACCAGCGCAAUAGAAGUCAUGCUGUGCAUAUCCCAGGAGUUGGGAGUCUCCAGCGGACAUCCAGUCAGCGAAGUGCCAUGACCUACCAAAGAAACAACUUGGCUCUUAACACACCAUCCACCUAUGCGGAUCCGUAUCGCUCGGCGCAGUACCGGCCAUGCGAUUCCAACUACAGUCGGCAGGCUGCUAUCAUGGAUGAUCCCACCCGCUCGCCUUCAAUAGACAGCAUCCAGAAGGACCCCAGGGAGUUUGCAUGGCGUGACCCGGAGCUGACAGAGGUGAUUCAGAUGCUGCAGCACCACUUCUCCUCCGUGCAAGCCAACGCAGCCGCCUACCUUCAGCACCUCUGCUUUGGCAAUAACCGAAUUAAGGCCGAAGUGUGUCAGCUCGGCGGCGUCAAACACCUGGUCGACCUGCUUGACCACAAAGUCCUGGAGGUCCAGAGGAACUCCUGUGGAGCUCUGAGGAACCUUGUAUAUGGAAAAGUAAUGGACGAAAACAAGAUCGCUCUAAGGAACGCGGGAGGCAUUCCAGCUCUGCUUCGACUGCUGAGGAAGAGUGUCGACGCAGAGGUGCGGGAGCUCGUAACAGGGGUGCUGUGGAACCUGUCAUCAUGCGACGCCGUCAAGAUGACAAUCAUCCGCGAUGCCUUGACCACCCUGACCAACACUGUGAUCAUCCCCCACUCGGGAUGGAGCAGCUCCCCCUUUGAAGAGGACCACAAGCUUAAAUUUCACUCGUCGCUGGUGCUGAGAAACACAACUGGUUGCUUGAGGAACUUGAGCUCAGCUGGUGAGGAGGCUCGAAAACAGAUGCGCACCUGUGAGGGUUUGGUUGACUCACUGCUCUACGUCAUCAAAGCCUGUGUCAACACUUCGGACUUUGACAGCAAGAUAGUGGAGAACUGCAUUUGCACGCUACGGAACCUGUCCUACCGUCUGGAGCUGGAGCUGCCUCCGUCGUGCCUGAUAGGGGUGCAGGAGGUAGACGCCAUUCUGGGAAGCGAGUCGCCGAGCAAAGACGUCAGCUCCAGCUGCUGGGGGAGGAAGAAGAAGAAGAAUAAAAAGAACUCGCAGGAAGACACUUGGGACGGUGUGGGACCCAUCCCGGGUUUCUCCAAGCCACCGACGGGUGCUGAGAUGCUGUGGCAUCCCACUGUUGUGAAGCCUUACUUGACACUACUCGCCGAGAGCUCCAAUCCUUCCACUCUGGAGGGCGCUGCUGGCUCACUUCAGAAUCUGUCGGCGGGCAACUGGAAGUUUGCAGCGUACAUCCGUGCUGCAGUGCGGAAGGAGAAAGGCCUGCCCAUUCUCGUGGAGCUGCUGCGGAUGGAUAAUGACCGGGUGGUGUGUUCGGUGGCCACUGCACUGAGAAACAUGGCACUGGACGUCCGGAACAAAGAACUCAUAGGGAAAUACGCCAUGAGGGACCUGGUCAACCGCCUGCCCGGGGGAAACACCACCUUACUGUCGGACGAGACAGUGGCAGCCAUCUGUUGCACCCUGCACGAGGUCACCAGCAGGAACAUGGAGAACGCCAAAGCCCUGGCGGACACUGGCGGUAUCGAGAAGCUGGUCAACAUCACCAAGGGCAGAGGAGACAGGUUUUCUUUAAAAGUGGUCAAGGCGUCCGCUCAGGUACUGAACACGCUGUGGCAGUACAGAGAUCUACGCGCCAUAUAUAAGAAAGAUGGAUGGACCCAAAACCAUUUCCUCACUCCGGUAUCCACACUUGAGAGGGACAGAUUCAAGUCGCAGCCCACUCUCCCCACCAAUAGUAUUCAGAUGUCCCCCCUCAACCAUCCCGCUGCCAGUGCUAUGUCAUCUCCUGCCAAUCGAGAUCACACGCUGAGAGAUUAUCAGAGAGCGCAGUCAACUAUGCAGUUUUAUAACUACCAAGUGGACAACAGUAUUCACAAAAACCAGUAUACAGGGUCUGGAAAGCAUUCUCCGUAUUACUACCCGUCACCCACACGGGAGGAACCCAGAAGAACACAGCCUUUGUACUAUGCCGACGACCCAAGCAGGAAGACGUACGAUCCGUACAGGAUGUACGCGCAGCAUCCGCACGGCUACGAUGACGCCUACACGGACGAGGUGAUCACGUACGCGCCCGCCGUCGACUACGGCGGCCAGCUGCACACGCUCAAGGCCGCCAACAACUACGUGGACAUUUAUGCCAGCACGCGGAGGCCCUCUUACCGGGCCGAGCAGUACCCCGGAUCCCCCGACUCGUGGGUCUGAAACUCAACGAUCAACCAUGAACUUGGCUUUAAAAAUACUGUGUGUGUGUGUGUGUGUGUGUGUGUAUGUAUGUGUGUGUAUGUAUGUGUGUGUGUGUGUGUGUGCGUGUGUUUGUUUGUGUGUAUAGCAUCUACACACCCCUGUUCAAGUACCAAAUUUUAUAUAAAAAAUAUAAAAAAUUUGACCAACUGAAAUCUUUUUUUUUUUUAAUCCACCAUUGUGACCGAUAACCUGUUAAAGUCAACUGAAAAAAAGGUGUAUAUUUUAAAGAGGGAAAGUAAGUAUAAACAACUGAGAUUAUGUGGUUGCACAAGUGUGCACCCCCUCUUAUAACUGGGGAUGUGGCUGAAAAACCAUGGCUUGGCCUGUAAGAUGUAACUACAAAAAUGGCAGAAAAAAAGCUUACUAAAACAUCUGAACUUUAUAUGGGGUUAUACUGAAGCACUUUAAAGGGUGGCAGGUGUAUGCUGACUCAGAUUUAACAUGAGUUUGAAAGUGAUUGGUUAAUUCAGAACACAGCCCAGCCGACAGCACAGCCCAGUUAUGAUGGUGUGUACACCUGUGCAACCACAGUUUUUUUUUAUUUCUGCUCUCGAAAAUAUUAUUUUUUAAUUAGUUUUAAUGAGCUGUACAGGUUAUAGUUUACAUCAAUGUAGAAGAAAGUUAAGUAAAAUUAUCUUGGUCUUAUUUGUAUUUUAUUUUUUGCGCAAAAAAAACUGGCAUUUGAACAGGGGUGUGUAGACUUUUAUACGCACUGGACGUAUGUAGGGGAGAGAGAGCAGAGGGAAUCAUGGAAUGUGUGCCAAUAGAAGGGAAAUAGUUAAAGUAGUUCAGAGGGGUACACACACAGCGAUUUUUAACGUCUUAAUGGAGUUUUCAAUUUGUGAGGGACCCCACAAAUGACGACCAAAAAAAUUGGAAAGUGGGGUCUUAGUGCUCUUAUUGUGGGUGGUGUGGUGAUAUACUAGAUAAGUGCUCUCCAACCACCGGUGGGACAUUUGGUACAAUACGCAGUAGACUGGACCGACUCGUUUAAGAGAAACAAGCUUCCGCUAAUUACAACAAAUACAAUUAGUGUGAUGUUGCGCUGUAUUUUUAACAAAUAUUCCGUCAAAAUAUUGCUUUACGCGAACUCAGUCCAUGGUGCAAACAAAAUGUUGGGGAGCACUGCACUAGAUGGCCAAAACAGCACACCACACACAACGACAUAUUUGUGAUCAUAAAUAUUGAACAGGUCUAAACCUUUUGUAAGCCUAAUAGUGUAAUAAAUCUUUUUUUGUUGUUGUUGUUUUUGGAAAACAAGAAAAACAAAUUCGCAAACAACAAGAGUCCAGUUGUUUUAAAUACCACCUUUGCCGAUCACCAAGCAAUUUUUUAUUGAUAACGUGACGGUAAGUAAGUAAGUAAUUAUGCUAUCAGGCUAACGGUUUACAAUUGUCGGCCUUGAUCGUUUUCUGAGCAGAUCAAGUCGGAAAAAAUAAUCUUAACACACCCAACACCAAAGGAUAAUGACUCCGGGUAAUAUUUUCGAGACAUCCAACAAUCAGGCCUUUGAUGACUUUUAUUGAAAGCAGUGGAAAAAUGCUCAAAUUCAUCCAAACGUAUGUGUGUGUACCCCGAUUUAGAGACAAAAAAAUCAUGUGGGGGGACAAAACUGGACAUGAUUGACAGUCCUGCUUUGUUUUAGAUGUUAGAUUUGAUUUUUUUAUUUUUUAUUUUUACAACUUGUCAUAGCGCAGUGAGGGGCGUGAGUCAUGUUAUGCGAGGAUUUGCGGGAAGAGUCAAGAUGGAGGUUGUUUGUGUAUGUGCCGAAGCCAACAUGGACGGGGGGGGGGGAAAAAGAUGUACAAAAGGAUGAAAGUGUUAGCUGUACUUCCUGUUGUAACGAUGUUGUGGUUUCUUGUAAAUACAGUACACGUGGCCUGGUUUACACUCGUCUGCACUGCUAUAAAAAUCAUGAACUUGUGCCAUAUUAAAGCUCUAGAGAUAUAUAUAAAUAUGAAGUAUGUGGAGACAACUGGCAUAAAUACAUAAUACAAACAUGAUAUGAUAAUAAAAAACAGUUUUGUUUUUUACA